AUGUCAAAUAUCAACGCUACAAUCAUUGCUCUCAAUACAGCAGCUUCUACUAUCGCGAUAGUUUUAUCAUCAAUUAGUUUAAUACUUGGCACAGUUGGUCUUCUAUUGAAUACCGUUGUAUUUACUCAACCGAAAUUUUGUAAAAAACCAUGUUCGCUAUACUUUCUAAUCUCGACGUAUUUUAGUUUAUUCAUUACAUUGGUCGUUGUACCUGUACGUUUGUAUACGAAUAGUACUUUCAUAGAUCCAGCAAAUUACAAUCUCAUUGUCUGCAAAAUCGAAUAUUUUGUUUUCUAUUUUCCACGUACAGCAUCUUGUUGGUUGAUUGUAAUGGCAACUAUUGAUCGAUAUCUACACAGUUCAACAGAUACACGUAUUCGUCUACUUAGUUCAAUGAAGACCGCUCGAAUCACGUGUAUUGUUAUCAGCAUUACAUCUGUGCUGAUAUAUGUUCAUAUACUUGUUUAUUUCGAGAUAAAUACAACGAAAAAUCAGUUCGGUAUUGCUAUACCUUUAUGCCGAGGUCAAAAUGGAUUUUAUCGGACUUUCAUUGGAUUUUUUCAUAUGAUCGCUUAUGCACUAAGUCCAUGUUUUUUCAUGCUUCUAUUUGGUUUGCUUACCAUUCAAAAACUACGUCAAAAUCGUCGGUUACUUCCAGCAGUAAUAUGCAGUCGAAAUCAUCAUUUAAUGAAACCAUCCGAUGUUCAAUUAGUCAGUAUGCUAAUUGCUCAAGUAUUCGUUAUUAUUCUCUCCGUUUUACCGUUCUCGAUCAACAACAUCUACGCAUCAUGCACGCUCAACGUUCAAAAAGAUGCACUUCGCAUCGCUCAAGAGAAUGUGAUUACACAGACAGUCAACACCAUGACAUCGUUUGCUCAUACCACUAGUUUUUAUUUGUAUACAUUAUCCGGAAGUCUAUUUCGUCGAGAACUUUUCAAGAUAUACCGGCGUGUUCUUUGCCCAAACACUAAUCUUAGUCAUCCGAGAACUACCCAGCGAAACAACACUUAG